AUGCUUGCCACCACGUUCCUUUUCUUGCUUGCUCAAGCCCUCUUCCAGUACCCGCAGCAGGUCGGGGAUGGGCUGGAUGAAUCUGUGCUGGAGCGCAUGCAGCAGCGUGCCGAGUAUCUGAACCAGCAGAUGACUCAGCUCAUUCUGGAGCUGGAGCAGAUGAAGAUGGAGCAGAGCGGUGGGGUCUGGCUCAUGUGGCAGUUCUCAGCUCUGACUGGAAUCCUCGUCCUACUCUUGGUGCUGCGCUAUGGACUCAAGAAAAUUAGAUGUGAUCCAGACAACAGUGGCCACAAGGAGAGGUCCAGCAGCAACUUGGUGGAGGAAGAAGAAGAAGAAGACGAAGGACACGAUGUAUCUGCAGAGGAAGAUACAGAAAGCCACGAUGCAAAUGUGGAAGAGGACAAUAAGGACGGAAACGAAGAAGACAGCAACCUUGAUGAAAAGUCAGAAAGCAGUAUUGGACAUGAAGCAGAAGAAGGCUAUGAUGAUGCAAAGGAAGAAGUAAACUACGAUGACGAAGUGGAGGAAGUCAAUGCUGCCGGAAACGGAGAAGACAAAGGUGAUGCAUAUGAAGAUGACGACUACAGUGUCAAAGGAAACCCUGGAAGGCUUUCAGAGGAGUGCAUAGAGUUGUCCCUUCUGGAUCUGGACAAAGGCUGCUCCGUGGUUAUGGACCUUAUGGACAAAUUCAUACACCUCUCUAGACAAUGCUUGUGUGACAGCUUCUAUCCGGUGCUACAACAAGCCAUCGGAGUGGGCAGCGCCUUUGAAGGCUGGAGUCUCCGCACACAAGAUGUUGUGUACUGCAUGCUUGUACCCCUGAGUCCUCCUCCAGGACAUGCCUUCCACCUGGAGCUGGACACUGCAGGGAAGCUCCAGAGGAACUUCAGUGUCCGUGUGGAGCUGCUGUGCACCUGCAUGAGGGAGAGGCUGGGGGAGCACAUGCUAUGUUUCCUCCACCACCCUGAGGAGGAGCUGAGAAGGAAACAGAACCCCAGCCUGCUGCACACCCUCUGCACUGGCUCCUAUCUAGAUGUGGAGAAAACUGUCAAGUGGUUCUAUGAAUUCAUGAGACAAGCCUGGAUGAUUUUGCCUCAGUCCUGCCACUGGAGUUUAAUGUUGCAGCCCUGCGGCCGCACAUGUAAAUUUCACAUAAGCAAUGACAAGGAAACCUUCAUGGUUGAGCUGAUCUUUGGAGUGCAGCAAGGAAGCUCAGAUACCUUUGUGGGCAGCCAGCCUGCAGAAGUAGGCAUCCCAAGCACAACGUGGUUUGAGACUUAUGCCGUGGCAGAGACAAAAUUCUUCAGGCAGGUUUCCAGACAAGCCAGGACAUGACAUUGCAAGUGUCUGCAGCUCCUAAGCAGCAUCCUGAUGGGUGAAGAUUUUUCCAGCUAUGUCCUGAAGACCGUGGUGAUACGCCUGCUGAACAGCAUACCCCUGACACGGUGGAGCAGAAGGGAUUUCCGGCAGCAACUGAUGGAUAUCCUGAAGUACCUCCACUGCUCACUGGACACGACACAACUUAACCACUUUGUCAUAGGCAACGAGAGGCUUCCUAAGGAGAUCAGUUUGCCCUCCAACUUCCGGGUGCCUCAACCACCCAACCUCUUCCAGCACCUGGCCAGCAGUCUGGAUGCCCACACCAAGGCCGUGCAGGAGUACGUUCGCCUGCUGCAUCGGCUCAAACAACUGCUGGUGCAUGGCCAGUGA